AUGGGGCUCUAUAAGGUGAAGCCCUAUACUGAUUAUGAACAAAUGAGUAUCUCCUGUGUCUACUGUGAGAGCAGGACCAGGGUUCUGAUAAAGCAGGAGAGAAGAAAGCAGAAGGAAUACUUUGAAAAGAACAAGUUAAAGUCAAAAAUGAAAUUACUAGGAGUUUUUUCACCUGUCAAGAAUACCACUGCCAGCUUAGACCUUCUUAAUCUAUAUAUGGUAAAUCAGAUAUCAUCCAAGAAGGAAACACCCGAAACCAUGAAAAGACCAACUUAUGUGAAUAUGAACAGAGAUUUGAAAAUCCCACUAAGAAAGCAUGAGUUAGAACUUCCAAUGUCACCUCACUGUGUCCCUUCUAAACUGUGCAUCGAUGACAUGGGAAAGAAUGUACCCUAUCAAAGAUUAUGUAGCAAGGAAGAAACUGGCCCAGUUCAGUCAUCACAAGACAUGAACUCAUACAGAAUGUUCCACAAAACAGAAAACUACAGUUAUAUUCCACCAUCUUUUCCAGCAGAAUUAUCUUCUAACAGACAUAUUCCAAACCAAAACUCCACCCCAAGAAUAGCACCAAGUCCUUGGAAAUGUGCAUAUGAGAAAAAACAAAAUGAGCAGUUCAGUAAUGGAAAAUUUUCUGAUCCUUUAUUUUCCAAAUUACAUAAACGUCAAGAUAUUUUCAGUCCAUCUCAGAGAACAGCAGAGUUUGGAGCAUCAUACGAGAGAAUAAGCAGUUCAGAAAGUGGUGAUUUCUUUACUAGAAGAUCUGUGAUUAUGGGUGAAGAUUGUGGAAGCCUCUGUCAAAGAAGACAGCCAGACUUUGCUACGGAAAAAACAUCAGUACACCAGAUUUGGGGGGAUAAUGGGAAAGAAUUCUCCAGUUUUCUUGAAGAUGUGAGCGAGCCAACCCAGAGACAUCUGUCGUACAACCACGACUUGGACACAUUUGUCAGUCACAACAUGAUCCAAUUAUUGAGCAGAGAUCAGCCAGGGAGAAUGGCAGCCUUUCCUAAGUGUGGUUAUGGUGGUUUGAGUGGCACCUGUGUGGCCUCUUCUGAUGGAAGCUACGCCACUAGUGGGGUCACUAGAGGGAAUUGUACAGUUCCACAAGUAGCUCUUCCUAAUCCUCCUCUGAAUACAAGUUACUUAGGAACCUGUCAGUCAAAGAAGCCCUACCAGAAGGAGUCCAACAGUAGUGAAACACGUGAAUUUAGAUCUUUGGAGAAAGAUUGUCACCCAACCAGAUGUGGAAGAAAAGGUUGGUGUUGCACAGUCAGUUUCUCUCUAUAUAUGUAUAUUACCAUGUUUCAUAUAUUUAUACACAUACACAUAUAUCCCCACAGGAAUAUUGCAUGUUUGAUCCAGAUGGAAGGAAGAAGAAUGUGUCCUCUAAAAGGAAGGUCAAUGUCUACUGAGAAAAUCUAUCUAGAGUCUUCGCAGAGCAGCCAGUCUGCCAGCUACUCUCCACGGCCAACAGAGAGCACUUUCAGCUCAAGUUCUGACUUGCUAUCUGAAGAUGAAGAUCAGAUACAGCAGCAAAUUGAAGAUUCAAAUAAGAAAGCCACAGAAACAACUGAUAACUUAGAAAAGGUGGAAGAUCACUUAGGUGACAUAAUUGUGAAAGACAAUGUCAAAAUUCAUAAUCACAAUGAUAAUGUUAACCAGUCUUCAGUGAAAAAUGAUGCUGAUCAAUGUCCAGAGUCUCAGUGCAAUUCAGAGCACGUGUCACAAAACCAAACCAAUAAUGACUGUGUGCUUCAGGCUGGGAGAUGUGACAUAGGGGUGCAGACAGAGAAAGAGCUGGUUAUGGGGAAAACAGCCGAGGCUGCCGUACAGUGUACCAUCAUUUGCCAAUGCUCAUGUCAAAGUUGGCCCAGUGUUCCCGUAGAAGAGGAGCCUUCCCUUCAGGAGGCUGGCAGCUGCAGUGAAGAUAUUAUGGCAGAUACCACUGGAGGGCAGGAGACCCAGAUAGAUAACUCACUCUAAAAUCUCCAUUUAGAAUGCAGGGUUUCAUUUAACCUUGGAAGGCAAUAGGAAAUGUUUAAUCUUCAUUAACAUAAUAAGUAAUGAGAAAAUGAGGCUGAGCAUAAAGGGGAGUUUCUAAGUUUUGCUGUUUCUAUGCAAAUGUAAUAUUUCCGUUUUUAA